CUGAGUGAUAGAGGCCCUAGGUUUAAUUCCCCAGGCUUGCCAAAAGAAAAAUAAAAGAAAAACCCUGUCUUCAGAGUUAAUCUCUAGAAGGAAGAAGGGGUUAGCUGGGUGUGGUGGCACACACCUGUAAUCUCAGCACUGCAGAGGCAGAGGCCGGAGGACUGCUGCAAUGCUAAGAUCAGCCUGAACUACAUAUUAAGACCCUGUCUCACCCCCACCUCACCCCCCAAAAAGAAGGGGAAAACAGCAUAGUAGAUAACUAAGAAUGUUUAGUCAGUGACACCUAAGGAUCCCCUUUUGCCCAAAUAGUCUGCCCUGAUCUAGUAUUCUCAUCUCACUCUCAGGAUCUACUGUUUACAUUUCUUCCUUGAGCUGCCUAUUGCAGUAUGGCACUGCCAACGAAGUCUAACAUCUUGGACCUGGGCACCAGUGCACAGAGCACCAGAUCCCCAGAGGAGAGCCAUGAGGCUUGGGCACACUGCAGAGAUGUUGGCAGGCAGCUGCCAGAGUACAAGGCAGUGGUGGUGGGCGCAAGUGGUGUGGGUAAGAGUGCGCUUACUAUCCAGAUGACCCACCACUGCUUCGUGAAGGACCACGACCCCACUAUCCAGGAUUCCUACUGGAAGGAGGUGGCCCUGGAUAACGGGGGCUACAUUCUGAAUGUGCUGGACACAGCUGGGCAGGAUAUUCACAGGGCCUUGCGUGACCAGUGCUUGGCAGCUGGUGAUGGUGUGCUGGGUGUCUUUGCUCUCGAUGACCCCUCAUCUCUGGAUAAGCUGCAGCAGAUGUGGUCCAGCUGGGCCCCUCAGCACAAGCAGCCCCUGGUCCUGGUGGGCAACAAGUGUGAUCUGGUGACCACUGCUGGAGAUGCUUAUGCUGCUGCUGCAGGCCUUGCCCACAGGUGGGGAGCUCCCUUUGUGAAGACCUCAGCCAAGACCCGACAAGGUGUGGAAGAAGCCUUUGCUCUGCUUGUCCAUGAAAUCCGGAGGGCCCAGGAGGCCAUGGCUGAACCAAGCAAGGAGAAGACCCGGCGCCAGAAGGCCAUGUGUAGCUGUGGCUGCUCUGUGGCCUGAAGAUAUUAGUCAAGAAAAUUGUCCCCUCUCCCAUGUCACAUCAAGGUGAUAAUCCCCUUGACACAAACCCCCCUUCCCCACUGAGUAGCAGUUACCAUGGACACCUUUCUUAUUUUCACUUGGUGAGGGGUUCGAUUUUCACUUGCC